CUGAGGAAGGCACACUCGUGUAGUCAGCCACGCACAGCCUAGUUCCCAACCAUCCAACAAACCUCAGAGGCACAGGAAUGUCCCAGUGCUAAGACUGCUGGGGACCACCACACAGCUGAUAAACAAGUGUCUUCUCUCCAGGCAGCAGAAUGCCUAUCCUUAAGAACCUCCCAGCUCGGCUGAAGGGGAGCAAGUCGAGCACAGAGCUGGAGAUCACCCACGGCAAGCUGAUCCUACGUAAGAUGAGCUUGGACCAAACCAACCCAUUUGACGAGAACGGUUCGGAUGAGGAGUGGGCCCGGAACAACGGCGGCUUGCUCCUGGACGGUGGCGUCCCCCGUGACCGCAACCCAUUCGACGACGAGGAGGACGAGAACGAGGCCAAUGAAGGGAGGCGCGGGGGCUCAGGGAAGUCAGGCUCCAUUAAGGGGACUCUGGAGCGCAUCCGAGGUGUGUCCCCGCUCAAGACCCUGGGCAAGCUGGGCAAGGGCCUACGGAUGUCCAGCAGGGGCAAAGGUGGCGGCACGCCUUCACCUCAGGGCUCCAUCGGCACCCCGUCACCCAUGGAGAAAAAGAAGAAGGGCCGGCGGAGCUCUGAAGGGAGCCUGCUGAGAAUGGCGGGCAAGUGCAGAGAGAGCCUCCGAAAGGAGAGCUUGCCCAACGGAGACCUGUGUUCAGAGAGCGAUGCCGACUCGACUAGCCGAAGACUCUCCUUUCUGAAGAUCGUGGGUAGAGGCAAGCAGAAGAGGGAGUCCAUGGUGGAGCGCUCAGCAUCACCUGGGCCUGAAGAGGAGCCGGUAGAGGAAGUGCCAGAGAUUAAACCCAGAGAACCCCUCUCAGUGUUAGAGAUCCUACAGUUAGUUACCAAACGGGACUUAUUCCUGGCUGACACCCACAUCCUGGAGUUGGAGCAGGAGUGUAAGGAGGCAUCCUCCACACCAGCAGGGGGCACUGCCAUUGAGGAUCUCACCAGCCCCAGCAGCAAGGACAGCAGCCGGCGUAAGGCCAAGGAUGUGGAGCUGUUGUACGAAGCCCUGCAGAAGGAGCUGUGGGAUGUGGUGCGGGAGUCCCUGCGCUCACCUUCAGCCGGACCCAAUCUGGGCCUCGUGGUGCUGGUGCUUCAGCAGGAGGAGCAAGCCGAUCGGGACUGGGCCAUGAGCGAAGGUGCCGCCCAGGGAGGCCCGAGGCCUCGGGAGCUGAAGAAGCGCUGGAAGGAGGCCGUCGCUGAGGCAGCCGAUGCCAACCUGCCCCAGAAUGCAGAUGUCGAGCCAGGUGUGUUGGCGGCAUACCUAGACAAGCUGCGGAUCCGUAUGGUGGAGGACCUGGGCGCAGCUCGCCGCAACGUGGUGUCGGUGUACCCUGAGGAGUACGAUGCCUUCCAGGUGUACACGCACAGCUACCACCUGGCUGUGACCCGACGCCUGCAGGCCAUCACUGACGGAGAGAUGCAGAUUACUGAUAUCUACUCUCUCCUAGACUGGCUCUACAACAUCUAUAGCAGGGAUGUCCUUGGAACAGUGAGCAUAACAUCACCCAUCAACUACUCUCAGCUUGGCCCACUGCUGCCUGAGGAGACAGUAGACAAGCUUGAGCUGGACUGCCUCAACUCAGUCCGGGGGAACGUGACCAACAAGCUGUCUCAGGUGUUGGACGAAGAAGAGAAGAGAUGGCUGGAAACUCUGCACGUCGAGGACUACAGUAUCCCACUGGCGCGCACGGUCAUCCAGAGGCUGCAGGAGGAUCUCGAAAGAUCUGCUGCAGUAAAUCAAAAUUUGGGUUCGCGAGUGGCACAGUGCAGUCUUAAUGGGCUUGCUGAUUUCCUGUACUGCUUUCAAAGGAAGGUGGAAAUGUUCCAUGAAGGGCUUGUGAGUGAAUUUGGGGAAAAUGAAGAUGGUUAUGUUGCAAAGACCAUCGCUCUGGCCAACUGCUGUCCACCGUUCAGGAGCUUUGUAGCACGCUGUGCACAGUGUGACCCUGCUAUCAGUGAAGACUCAAGUAGACGAGCCUGUACUGCCCUGGACAGGAUUGUAAACCUGAGUGUGAGAGUACUGAAUGACAGACUAUUUGAGCACAUUAGACCCUUCUUUGAUAAGCUGGUGAAGAGGAAAUGGCUGAGCAGCACUGAGGCUUUCGAGCAGAUCAUCGCCCACAUCAAGGAGCACUUCAAGAAGUUCCGGAGGUUGGACAGUCCACCCUACCAGGUCUUGGUGGGAGAGAUCCAUCGCCGGGUGUUGACUGAGUAUGUUCGUGCUAUUAUGAGAGGAAGAAUCAUCUGUACGUCACUCAAGAUGAGGAAGAAGAUGGCUAGCCGCCUUCGUGAUGAGGGCAAGCAUCUUAAAACGCUGUUUAAAGACUUGGAGUCUUCUGCCUCAUGGUUAGACAGCGCCAUUCCCCACAUAUCCGAGAUCAUUCUGCUGGAGGACACACCCUCCAUACAGAUAGAGGUUGGCGUCCUAGUUCGGGAAUUCCCUGAUGUACGGAAGAAACAUGUAUCUGCUAUCCUGAACAUACGCGGAAUGACUCGGCAGACGGAACGGCAGGAGAUAUUGAACAUUGUGAAGGACAUCGAGAAUUACGACAGCCUCGGGCGCCUGGCACGGGACCAGGCUCUGUUUGCCGACGUGCCUGUCACGUCCGAGGUGCACUGCCUGAACAUAGGCCUGAGCCGGGUGGCCCUCGUCGCUUCUUCCUGCUUCUCCGGCCUGCGUGGACGCCGCAGCAGGGCCCCGGCCCGGGAGGCCCAGGAUGACGCACUGUAACUCACCUGAAGGGAUUUCAUGCGUGUAAGAUUAAUAGGCUGAAAAGAAUCUGCUUCCUGCUGUAUUGUUCUGACUCUGUCCAUGAGCUACAUGUCAAUGCAGACAGUGGUUAAUGCUAAAACUUUAGUAACAGCAUAGCCUGUGCUAUUGCUAAGUCACACAAGAGGACUUCUGUCUGGUAUCCAUGCUGAAACAGAUGACUGAGCUGAGAAAAUGGCACCACAUAACAUGAUUCCAAGUUGAGAACAUAAAGGUUCUGUGAAAUAUUUUCACAUAUGCAUUGACAUAUAUUAUUACUGGGAUAACAAAAGUACUACUAUCAAAUAUUGCUCAGUUUAGAAAAAAAAUGAAUUAUGGGAACAAUUAUCGAGACCAUCUCAUAUUUUGGGAAUGGGUGAAACCAUCUCUUAUAUUCACACCCACACUAGUACUGCUUGGACAUUAUAUAGUGUUUUGAAAUUUAUUUUGUGUUUUUGAUUGUACAUUGUGAUUUAACACUUGAUUUAAGGUACUGUGCAAUGAUUUAUGAUAAUUGUUAUUUUUCAUAUAUUUAAAAUAAUAAUUUCAUGCUGCAUUCAUCUCAUAUCAUCAUAAAGGAGAUUUUUAUUUAGUACUGAUGAUGCUAUUCAAACCUGCCUGUGGAAAUCAAAAGGAGAGUAUUUAUGUUCUAGGAACCAAAUAGGCUAUUUAUUGCACCAAAAAAAAAACAAAAAACAUAUCAACAGAAACAUAUCCACAUUCUUUAUUUUACAGAAGUAUCUGUCAAUAUAAAACAUGCAUUUAAUGCCUUUUAUUUCUCAAGCUAACAGACCAAAUUUUUAAGUAGCCCAAUAGAUUUUUCAAAUAGCACUUUUCUGUCAAAAAAUGUCUUGUUUUCAUUCCACAAUAGCUAGGAAAGCUGUGCACGACACCGUUAUUAGUAGUUUUCAAAUAGUCAGCUUGUUUGUAUAGCUUCUUCCUGAUCUGUAUAUGUGACAUGUGGAUGACAUAGAAAAGGCAUCAAAGAUACAUCUUUUCAAUGUGCUUUAGGGUACUCUGUCUAUUUAAAAAAUUAUGAAGCCUUUGCUUCAGAAUUGACAUGAACUGUGCUUUUGGACAUAAAACUCCUGUACAUUAAAUCAUAUAAAAAUAAAUGAAAAAGAUAUGGAAAUUA